AUGGUGACUUGCUGGUUGGCGCCUGCUGAUGCAUCUCGGCGACUCCCUCGUGCCAACAGCCCACAGCCACAGCCACAGCCACAACCAGCAGGUCUGCUUGCCGCCUCGGUUGAGUGUCAUUUGUUGGUGGAUUUAUUCGCUCUGCCGCCUGCCGCCUCCCGCCGCCCGUCCCGCCUCGAUGGUGACGCCGUGACGCCGUAA